AUGCCUUCGACGAGCCAUGCCAAUUCAAGCCCUUCCGCUUCCUCCAUCUUCCUCCCCCUCGGCCGUAGGGCCCGUCGGGACUCUAGAUCCUCCCUGUCUCAUGAUCUUGAUCAAGGUGCCCUGAAUGAGGCCCUCGAUACCAUCCAUACUGCCGCGUCCCAGUCAAACAAUUUGACAGUCUUCAACGAGUACACCGACCCACCAUCAGGUGCUUCCGUGUCCGAGAACAGGACACUUGCGAGCGAUAUCCAGGGCGGUCUCUCCGGUCUUUAUAACAAAAUAAAAGCCACCGUAGCAGGUGCGAAGGACGUUGAACAUGAUGGCCUGUCUACUGCAUCCCAGCCAUUCGCCGAUGACCGCCUCAGCUCCAAACCCAGUUCCGGGUUGACCUCGAAGGUCCACUCACCUCGUCUCAAUCCAUUCGACUCUCCUAUCGUUCCUGACCCACCCUCGAUGCAAUCCUCUAUGCAUUCCAAGAUAUCCUCCAAGGCCACAAGCACCACGAAAGUAUCACUACCUACGACACCAGCGUUAAGGUCUCCAACAGGUCCGCCGCCACCUUCUUCGCAUGCCCUCGACCCUGCAGUUACCGAACUCAGUAUCCAUGCUCUGGGGUCGGGGAACCAUUCAAGAACCGGUUCGGGCUUCGAGAUAGACUCAGCCAGCCACGAUCACCCCUUGACAACGACCGGAGAAGGCGAGAGCUUGCGCAGAGUAUUGUCUAAGACUGUUAACGAUAGUGCUUCUUCCGAGCGUGCUGGCCGUCUUAUUACCUCUCCAAGGUUAUCAGCAACUCAAAGACCAAGUGCCCGGGUCAUUCCAGGAUCGCACGAACGUGCCCUGUCAGCGGCCUCGGUUCACAGCCAUAUAAGCAAUACCGAUACCGUGACCAGCCCUUCUCUCCAUCCAAUCUCGCUGGCUGAAAAAAACUUUUCGCGCGUGGUGUCAAACCGACAAGAAGCGGUGCCGGUGCUCAAGCACCACCCAAGCCCAUUGGAUCUUCUUGCAGAAAAUGUUGGUCAUACUUCAAGGGCCGCUUCUGGCUUGCAUACCAAAACUACGGACGGAUCUGGUUUAAGGUCUCCCGGGCUAUCCAGUUUGGAUCAACGACCGGCAGACAGGCUCCCGCCAAAAAUCAGUCAGUCAAGACUGCCAGGCUUCCGAGCAGCACGGACGUCUUCAUCUGAUUCAACUGUCCCUGCUUCUUUGUCCCUCGCAAACCUUGAUAAGUUACCCGAGAAUAAACAGGACACCCACAUCGGCAACGGUUCUCAACCUAGGCCAAUCAAUAAACUCCGAAGCAAGCUCCUGAGCAAAGAAUUCUGGAUGCGAGAUGAGAAUGCGAAGGAUUGUUUUCACUGUGGAGAGCCGUUCACCACUUUCCGGCGAAAACACCACUGUCGCACCUGUGGCCAGAUUUUUGACAGCAAGUGUACUUUACUGAUAAGCGGAAGCCAUUUCGGUUGCAAUAGUGCAGUACGUGUUUGUAAACCGUGCGAAUCAAUCAUCACGUCUCAUGAUGACGAUUCUUCGGACUACUCACUUGAGGAUUUCGCCUUGGCUGACUCUGCGGCGAGACCCAACACCCCUGAGCGCAUUCCAGUGAACCGCGCGCUUGCUCGGUUCGACGAUGACAAUGUUUCAGUAGCUUCUCAAUCUUUAGAACAGAUGGCGAAGACGCCCACAAUGAGCUUCCCUGUACGACGGGCUUUCGAAGGCGCCGAUCGGACCUCAGCAGUCCUUGAAUUUGACACAACAGAUCGUGCACUUGCUCGACCAAGCUCAUCCCGAUCACUGAAGGCAAGCCAUUCCAUAGGCCAUGGGCACAAACGUCAUCAUUCUCGUCAUCAACAUAUCCGUAACUUCAAAGCAUAUCAUGAAGACAGGGUACCUUUCCAACGCCGUGCGGCUGAGGAUGGGCCCAAAGCGGUCAAGACCUCUGCUUUCCACAGGGACAGUAUAAUUGAUCCCGAUCUUGCUCAAUAUUUAUCCGAUGAUCCAUCUAGCGACGACGAGCAAUCAAUCAGCAGCAUCAGCCACGAUAAAUUGUCUCGGAGUGGUCCAGAAAGUGACAGAACAGCCAUCGGAGGCCUUUUGGCAGCUGUCAGGAAAGGACGUUCCCGAAUUGGCGAUCGCAGCAUAGCUGGGUUUCUGAAUCUAGCUCGGGACGGCGAUGAUGCGAGUGUUACUAGCUCGCGAAACCAGGACCUAUUGAGGCUGCCUCGAAAACGCAAUCUCAGUGUGUCCAGCAGCAUCCAUCAGCGCAGUACACCAAGAACCACUCGAGAGCGAUUACAAAUCAUCGUUCCCGGUAGUCAGGAGGACAUAAUUGAGAAUCUAAGCGAUACCCCUGGCUUCUACCGAGGUGGAUCAAGAAUGAUUCGCAGUGCAUCUAUGCGUGGCAUCGCCGCACCAGCCAUGGAGUUGAACCGUGCGAGCAUCCAGCAUGUACACAAGCUGUUGCAACAAUUGCUCAAAGAUGCUAACAUUCCGAAAUUGUCAAGCUGGGAAGAUGCUCUGAUUCCAAUUCUACUGAGGGCAACUGAUGAUGUUGAUCCAGAUGUUCAAGGCGGCGAUGAUAUUGAUAUACGAAACUACGUGAAACUUAAAAAGGUGCCAGGAGGCAAACCCGGUGACACCGCAUACAUCUCUGGUCUGGUCUUCACGAAGAAUGUUGCUCUCAAGAGUAUGGCACGGUAUCAUGCAAACCCCAAGAUCCUGAUCAUUACUUUCGCGCUAGAAUAUGCAAGACACGAGCAACACUUCAUGAGCUUAGAUCCCGUUAUACGGCAAGAACGAGAAUAUCUAGAAAACCUUGUUGGCAGAAUUGCAGCUCUUAAACCAGAUGUUCUUUUAGCCCAGCGAAAUGUUUCUGGUCUCGCACUUGAGCUCCUCGAGAAGGCGCGGAUUACUACUAUCUUCAACAUGAAGUCCUCUGUGUUGGAGGCGGUUUCUCGUUGUACUCAGGCUCGUGUGGCACAAUCUAUGGAUAAACUCACUCAGCAGGGGUCCCUCGGCAGCUGUGACUCUUUUGAAGUGAAAACUUACGUUGCUGAUGGACGGAAGAAGACAUACGUUUGGCUUUCAGGUUGUCCGCCACAACUGGGCUGCACUGUUGCUCUUAGGGGUGCAGAUCGUCUGACACUGGCAAAGAUCAAGCGCGUGACUGAAUUUAUGGUAUAUGUUGUUUACAACUUGAAACUUGAAACAUGCUUGAUGCGAGAUGAAUGGGCCUUGAUUCCCAGUGGUAUCACAGAUACGGAUCCUGGAACUCUUCGUAACAAAGGAGACAGCAAACGCAAAGGAUUCGAAAAGAAUAUCGAUGGAGAAUCGAAGAUGAAAUUGGUAGCCGAAGUACCAACAGAUGUCGAAGGACAGGUCAGCGCGACUUCAGACUUGUCUAGUGCAGAUGUGGUCUCUGCUGGCAAGGACGAGGCUCUCGCCCCAGCGGUGAGAAUGGACAGCACUGAUUCGGCCCAUAUUCCUGAUGACAUACCUGUGCCAAUGUUUUAUGAAGACCUUGUCCUCAAGCACGAAACCAGAAUUCUAUCUGCAUCACCAUUUGUGAAGUUCAUGCAGCCUUACCUUUUGAUGCGCGCAAGGGAAUUAGAGAGACGCGUAGCUUACCUCAAGAGACUCCGAGACCAAGAUCUGAGCGCCGAGCAGGGAAUGGAAGACAAAGGCAAGGUCAACAAGUUCACGUUGAUCCAGCCUGAAAUGGUUCACCGACCCCUCGCUGGUGCAAGCAAAAAGGUCCGAGAAAUUAUUCACGCGGUCCACGACGCAGAAUACGACAAAGCUGCAUACAAUUAUGAGACUCAGAAGAAGCAGUGGGAAACCUAUCUAUCAGGGAACCGCAAUCUCUUUGAUCCAUUUGCACAUCAAAAUAUCGUGGUCUUGUUCAGUCAAGUUUCUACUGAGACAUCGGUUCCCUGCUCCGGUCCAGAUCUUCUGGCCUUCAGCUUCUACAAUGAACACGAGAUAGAAGCCGAAUUCGAAGCAGAUUGCACUUUGGGUCAGUAUGUUGAGGAUCUGUGUCUUCGAGCGAAUGAGGUCUGUCAGUCAGAGGCGUGUGAAAAGAAGAUGCACGAACACCAUCGACAAUAUGUGCAUGGAGAAGCGCAACUUACCGUCUUCGUUCAACCUUACCCAGCUAAAAUGCGUGGAUAUCAAGAUGUGAUACUUAUGUGGAGUCAAUGCAAGAUUUGCGGCAUUGAAACCACCGUCGCUCCCAUGUCCUCCAGUUCCUGGAAAUACUCAUUUGGAAAGUACCUAGAGCUCUCUUUCUGGAGUUCUGACCUUCACGCUCGUGCUGGCAUGUGCCCUCAUGACCUACAUCGAGACCACCUACGAUAUUUUGGCUACAAGGAUUUCGCUCUUCGGGUGCAUUAUGACCCUGUCGAUCUUCUUGAGAUUAUUGUACCUAGAAUGAGGAUUACUUGGAAGGUGGAUAACGACUUGAAAUUCCGCAACGAGGUCUAUACUCGCAUGGAGCACCGUAUCACACGGUUUAUGGUCUCUGUGAAGCUUCGUUUGAAGAGUAUCAACGUCGAUACUAUUCUGCUGGAGACCGCCGAUUCAUGUCGAGCAGAAAUCGAACGCCUAAUGAAGAGAGCGAACGAGGAGCACGCCAGCCUUGUCAAGCAAUUACAGGACAGCUAUACAAACUCACGGUAUUGGGAGACAAUCCCGCUCAAUGCUAUUGUCCGCAUAACGCAAGAAAAGGUUGCCGAAUGGGAUACUGCGUUUGCAGACUUCGAAAAGGAUUUUUUCCCUUCGGAGAAGGACAUUCGGCGCCUUGCCACGCUGCAGCUGAAAAAGAUCUUCCUUGAUCGCGAUGUAUCUGUCACCUCGCUCACAUCGAAUGAGGAAGGCAUUACGACUCCAGCCGAAGAAAUUACAGACGAGAAAGACUCCUUGAGCGAGAUGCACAUGGGCGUAGCGGAACUGCAAAGAGGUGCAAAGUUGUCUCCAGAGAAAACGCAAAAUGUCCUCCAGUCUGUGUUGGAGGAGCAUUCGCUUCCCUCUAAUUCGGAAGCUGGUUCAGCAACGCCUCUAGAAGUCAGCAAGUCUGAUGUGCAAGCUCUACCAUCGGUAGUAGAAGGCCCCUUGAACGUCGAAGAGAUCAGACAUCUUGAUCUAGCAUUGACCCAUUUAACACAGCGAAAAUCCUUAGUUGAGGACGAUAUUGGUGUUCCAGGUCUCGUUGCACUCAGUCCAGACGACUUUUCAGCUCAAAGAAUGAGCAUGGAUGAAACCUUGUCACCUCCGAUGAGUUUGGACUCUGCGGACCAUAAGAGGUUAGCAAGUCACAGCCCAACUACCGGUGACCAAACACUCAUUUCACCAAACUCUAACCCCGGAGGACCUCUCAGCCCUAAAGUGAUCCGAAGAAGCAAUGAUGGCAAGUCUACUUCGCCAGCUCUAGCCCGCGCGCACUCGCAGCCUGCUGGAUCAGUGGUGCUGCGGUCCGGUGGUCAUACACACUCGAGCACCUUAUCUGCAAUCAAUGCUAUGAAUGGGUUUGCAGCUGCUCAGGGCAAACAAAAUCCUGCUUUGACCGCUCUCAGCAACGAUUCGAAUACAUCAGGACCCGAAAAGAAACUCUCAGAGCGGCUAGGGCUAAGUCAAUUGAAGAAGAGUACUUUUGGAAAAGGGCAUUCGCUGAUUCCGCGAGCCAUUUCAAACCGCAAAGAGUCUCGAGUCUCCAAUCUCGCUAAACAUUUCGAGCAACUCAGUCGCGAGUUUGAAAGAGAACGCGUCAGAGAGAGAAGACUACGUACUGCUAGAAGCCGACAGUCUCGAUAUCCACUGGCCGUCUCGAAACCUAUCGUUGAGGUCUACAGAGAUGUGGACGAAGCGGUUGAUGAGAGAGGAGACUCGGAUGAUGUCUUUGGAAAUGACGAACCUGUCUCAGAUGAUCCUGUAAAGCUCGCACAUGCAGCUCAGGACAUGGCGGAUGCGACUGUACCUGCAGAAAGAGAAGGAGAAGAAGACAAAGAGGACACGCAUGCAGAUGUGACUGAGAAUGAAGCAGAAAUCCUGCCAUCUAGCCACGCCCCCUCUGAAGCCGAGGACCGGAGUGAUGUGGACGAUGCAUCCCAGGAGACUUACCUGCCUGACUCACCUGAGGAUCUUAUGCGAUUGCCGCAAGAAGAGAUGGAUCUCAAGGAGCUUCCCAAGCACGAACGCACGUCCUUAAUGAAGAUGCUGACCAACUUUUGGGCAGAACGCUCUUCCAGCGGAUGGACUACGCUUGAGUAUCCACUGACAGCCUCCGAGCAUAUUUUCGCAGAUUGUGACAUCAUAGUCAGGGAGGAUGAGCCCAGCUCGAUCAUUGCGUUUGCACUUGAUUCGCAAGAUUACAAGACCAUGUUACAGGACCUCCAAAGCCGGUCGAGCAACGAUUGCGAUGUCAUGGAUAUCAGUGGACAUGACCACGCUGAUGAGCUCCAGACAGAUGUUAUGCAUUCCCUCUUGCGGAAGACCGGCACUCAUCUGAAGUAUCAGUUUCAGGAAGGACCUGCAAAGAUGCUUUGCAAAGUUUUCUUUGCCGAGCAGUUUGAUGCUGUGCGCAGAAAGUGCGGUGUGGCCGAUCGCAUUAUCGAGUCGUUGUCCAGGUGUCUUAAGUGGGAUUCCAAGGGAGGAAAAACGAAGUCCGUGUUUUUGAAGACAUUGGAUGACCGCUUCAUCCUAAAGUCACUCUCCCCCAUUGAGACACAGUCGUUUCUCAAAUUUGCUCCCAACUACUUCCAGAUCAUGUCCGAAGCCUUCUUCCAUGAGCUGCCAUCAGUUAUUGCAAAAAUGCUUGGGUUUUACCAGAUUAUCAUCAAGAACCCAGUCACAGGGGUGGAGUACAAUUGGUUCCUGCUCUUGAUGGAAAACCUGUUCUACGACCGUGUCCCCACUCGUAUCUUUGACCUGAAAGGAAGCAUGCGGAAUCGCAAAAUCAACGCGACGGGAGAAAAGAACGAAGUCCUCCUCGAUGAAAACAUGGUGGAAUUCAUAUAUGAAUCACCUUUAUUCGCCCGCGAGCACAGCAAGAAGCUCCUCCGCUCCUCCGUCCACAACGACACCCUAUUCUUGGCGCGCCAGAACGUAAUGGACUACAGCCUGAUGAUCGCGAUCGAUGAGAAUCGCAAAGAGUUAGUCGUCGGUAUCAUCGACUGUAUCCGCACAUACACCUGGGAUAAAAAAUUGGAGAGCUGGAUUAAAGACCGCGGCUUUGCACGAGGAGGGAAGAAUCGACCGACGGUGACAAGUCCGAAGGAAUACAAGCGAAGAUUCAGGGAGGCUAUGAAUCGAUAUGUCCUGGAAGCGCCUAAUUGCUGGCAUCAGUUCAAACCGGUCAAGCUUGACCGUAAGGUGCUGAAGCUCGAAGGUGGAGGUGACCAGGACGGCGAUAAGGGCGAGAAUGAGAUCCAAAUCUUCGCAUAA